AUGAUUCCAACCAACGUUGACCAAGCAUUACUUCGUGAACAUGCUUAUUUAAACAGUAACGAUUUAAAUGUAGUAUUGGACCCUGCUGUCUUCUCGAACAAUGAUGGUUUCAAAUCCAUCAAAGACCAUGGUCUGGGUUUUUUCAACUACUACUUGGCGCUGGAUUCAGAUAUUUAUGACGCGUCUACGCUGGAUAUGUUACGUGCACAUAUUUAUGAUAAGUUCAAUAUAUAUUUGGGAUUAUUCCUAGUAUUGAUGAUAUUCUGGGGUUAUAAUGUCGUUAAUGGACUUGGUGGAUUAAACGGCAUGUUCAAGAAGAGAAGGUGGAACAGGUUCGGUGAUAGUGGCAUUGAGUACCAUCAUGUUAAAGUAUAA